CCACAUAGAAACUCUAGUGUUGAUGUUUCAGAACGCCCAGGCGGUGCAGGCGAGGAAACAACAGCAGCUGCUGCACUACCAACUAGUGCUCGAGCAAAUCGAGGUCUGGAUCAGGUCGACCAGUGCGACUCUUCAGCUGUUUGUGCUUCCCACGAAUAAGCCGGAGAUUGACGACUACGUGAAGAAGUUCCAGAGACUUUCAAGCGAAUUGGGCGAAAAGGAGAGAACUUUGGCCGACUUGACCAAGGCGCUGGACGAGUUCCGCAAGUACCCAGACUUGGCUGGACUAGUGAGCAGCCUGCUGGCGCAGCUGGGAACUCUAACGAUCACUUUCGGGGAACAGAAGAUCCUGAUCGUCGACAGCAUCAGGCUGCUGCAGGCGCAACUGGAGCGAGUCCAAGAGGACCAGCUCCACCCCAUCCACACUCCAGAUCUUUCCCUAGAGGCCACCUUGGACUCCACCUCUAUGCCCAUUGAGGAGCCCAAGCAGGAGCUCAUCACUGCAGAAAAGGCCACUCAAGCGGUCGCAGACACUCAAACGCAAACAGGCCACAGCUUGUCCGACAGGGAACCAGCCACUUACCACCAGCCGGUAGAUGCCCAGAACCAGACGCAACUUCCCGAAGAUUGUCCCGCCCACACCCGCGAGACUCUCACCAUAUCGAAGCGCAGCUCGGGCGAUCAGGACAUCAUCGAGAUCGCCACCCGCCCAAUGGCGGAUCCAGAGCCGAUCGUAGAGGAGCCGGACGACCUUCUAGUGGAGGCCAACUAUCGAAAGCGGCCAGAGUCGGAGACGCGCAUUGCCGAGCUGAACAUCACCAACACGCAGCCCAACCAGCCCUUUGAAACCAUCCUGGUGGAGCCCGACCAGACCACCACUGAAGUGAUUGUAGACGCCGACGGAACCAAGCAUAUCGUCGUGAAGACGCGCCAUCGCAAAAUAGUCAAGCAGGAGCAGUCGGUGCGGCAGCACCACUCUUCCACCCUGCACACUGUGACUGAAGGCGGUGGCCCUCCAGUGGCCCAAUCAUUCUCGCAAAUCACCCUCGAAGGUGAGCAGAGCAGCACCUCAGUGGCCACCGGCGAUAGGAGGGAAACUGUGACCACGCAGCAGUAUGCAGGCAAAGUGCUGUCUGGCACUCCCGGAGGCCAGGUGGAUGUGCAGGAGUUCCAAUCCGAGCCUCACGUCCACUACUCAGUGGAACACGCCCAACCUCCUCACUUUGAGGGCCUCAACCUGCGCCAAGGCGACGUCACCCUACUGGACAAGGAGCACCAUCGCCUGGUGCCGUUCGAUGAGGCGCAACUCACUCUGGACGCCGGCCAAGUGCACUCGUCCAGCUCGAGCGUCCGGGCGGUCGUCCAGCAAGUGACCAGAAGAGUCAUCAAGCGAACGCGCCGCAUCAUCAGAAGAACCGUCAUAAUCGACGGCAAGGAGCAUGUGACCGAAGAAGUCAUUGAGGAACCGGAGGAGGUCGAAGUGACCGAGGAGGGCAUACCGAGAGUGAGCAUUAACGUCACCCGAACCGAGGACGGCAAGGUGGUGGAAGAGCAGCAGUUCGGCCCACCUCCGCCGCCCCCAGAGCAACCGACAUUCACUCAAAAGACCACCACAGUAGUGCCCGAAGGCACAGUUGAUUGCUCUAAAGAGCCCAACGGCAGCCCCCCUCAAAGGAAAGAGCAGCCAGACCCGAGGUACGUGCCAGAGCAACCUUUCAUUCCCGAGCACGCUUCGUUGGCCAUCACAAAAGUAGACGACUUUAUCCAAAAAGAGAAAGUUUCGGGUAGUUUUCCCCCAGAGAGUAGUAGACUUGAUGAAGCACCGCCAUCCGCCCAGGCAAAAGCACCAGAACGUAAAAAGAAGCAGGCCAAGGGCAAAGCUCCGAAAGACGAGCCUUCCCCAACUCCGUGUGCAAUUGAAGAAAGUGUCUCUGUUCCGCCAGCAGCGGAACCUCCCACUGAAUCACCAAUGGAACACCCUCUCCAAACACACAGCGAGGAAAAACCAGCAGCUGCAGUUAGUGCAGCCCUGUCGGAGCCCUCCACCACCCAGCCCACUCCAUCGGCUCCUCCCUUUGCCCAAGUAUGCGACUCCUACCUGUCCCCCUUAGUGGAGGACUUCAUCAGAAGAGAACAGCGGCCAACAGAAAUACCUUCCGAAGCAACUAUUGAACCUGCCAGCACUUCCCCUUCUGCCGAGCAACAGCAGCCAAUGGCAUCAACCAUCAUACAACCAGCUGAUGCUCUCGCUGCUGAAGACACCAUAAUAUCCACUACAGUUCAACACCUUCCAGAAACCGAAUUGACCAAGGUGAGCACAGUGCAGAAACCCUCAGAGAAUCUCACCAUCGCGCUCGCUCUUCAAGAGACUCGGGCUGAAGCCCCCAAAGCUGCGCUUCAAGUGUCGGAUUUUCUGCAAACCGAACGGCAAAACGUUGAAGCUCCAGUCCUGCAGAUCCUGCAAACUGACACCAAACCACCACAGACAGUCGAAGUCGCCUUAGAGCUAGAAGAGGCAGUAGUGGUGACCCCCAAGGCAUCCCCAGCUAGUGAAGAAAUCGAAGAAUUAUUUGCCAAAAACCUUAAUGUGAAAACUGCUCCAGAGGAAAUCCAGUUAGAAGCACCUCAGCCAUCGGCCAGGUCCUCAAGUGAAGCUGUGACCACUCCAGUUCUGCAGGUCCAAGCCGUCCAUGAGGAGGAGCCGACACCAAGUGACCUCGACCACGGAGGCAGAGGCAGCAAGCGCAAAAAGAAGCACAAGUCCAGCGAGAGCGCGGCAGAAGAUGCAGAAAGCAAAGACGAAUCUCUUGCAGAGUCCACGGAAAUCGUUCUUCCCGACGACUCUGCGCCUUCGGAAGAAUCCCCUAAACCGACCCUGCAGGAAUUGGAGCAAACCGAUAAAGACACCACCAGCGAAGCAGAAGCGCAGUCGGAGCCGAGCCGCGACACUGGAUAUGAAGCCGACAAAACGUUAGACGAAAGUGUUCCAGAGGCAGACCUGAAGAAGAAGCGGAAGCGCACGAAGAAGCGCGGGCAGCACGUCAAAGUGAAAGACUCUGAGGAGUCCAACAUGCCUCAAUCGGUCUACGAAACCACGCCUAUCGGCGAAUCGGAGCAGGAGGACGAUUUCGCUGAAGCGGCCGCUGUUGAGGACGCCUCCAAGAAAGCGAAGAAAAAAGCGAAAGGCAAAAAGCGCAAAGGAAAAGACGAAUCCUACAGCGAAGAACCAGUGGAGUCAACCGAGCCGGAGUCAGCGCCCCAGCUGGACUUAGCUGAAGCUCUGGAACAGUCCAUAGUUUCACCGAACGACUCGGUCCACACCAUGUCCACCCAGUCUGAGCCCGGGACAGUUAAAGUCGUUGAAGAAGCCAUCCCCAGCAGGCCGGCGAGUGAAUCUCCUCACUCCAUAACUGCCCAAAUAGUGAAAACUGUUCAAGUGAUAGAAGCAGUACUCACUCAGGAAGGCCUAUCGCAGACCACUCCUCCGGCUGAGGAGCCCAAGCAAGCAUCCCAGCCUCAUGAAGUGGUGGAAAGCGAGGCGCAAACCUCUCCUGAGCCUCUCACUGAAAAAGCCGAAGUUUCCACCCAACCCGACAAGACGGAAACUGCAGAAGUGCAAGUUUCAGCGCAGCCAGAAGUCGAGGACUCUUCAACGCAAGCGCUCACAGAAGUAGGAAUCCGUGAAACCCAAACGUCUCCGAAGCAGGAAACUGUUGAAGUGGCCAAGUUGGAAACUGCGGAUUCCUCCAACCAAACCUUCUCCCCUGAGAAGCUGGCGACUGCCGAUGAAAUCAUCCAGACGCUCACUCCAGAGGAUCAGACGCCGCUCAGAAGCGAAUCGGCCGUCCAGACUGUAGUGGAAAGCACUGAAGUGCACGUCCAGACGCUUACUCCGGAUGUUGCUGGGGAAGCUGCCACGCAAGCAACCCCAUCAGUUGCUGAUCUAUCAAUGCAAACCUCCCCAGAUUCUCUGAAAAUUGAGGAAACUCCCAGCAAACCAGUUGCCAUCGACCACAACGCUCAAACUUCGCCAGAGAAAGUUGCCACAACAUCAGAAAGCGUAGCCCAGACCAGCCCCGUGGUGGUUCUGAGCCCAGGGGACCAGCCCACACCCUCAAAGAGCACUAGUGAGGAAUACGAAGUACACGUGCAUGCCACUGUUUUAGUGCCGGGUGAUACAUCAGAAGCUGCUACUGUAUCAGAACCUCCCAAGUCUACUGGCGAAGCUACUGAUUCAGCAGCUGAAAACUCUUCGGGCGACUACGAGGUGGAAAUCGCAGUCGCCGGGGGCGAGAUUGGAGAACAAACUGUCACCUUUUUGGACUCCGAAAGGGGCGAGGAGAGGCGCCGAACUAGGAAAAAGCAUGAAAGGCCCCACAGUGUCCAACCGGAGGAGCCUGAGCGCAAAGACCUGUUUUCGGUGUUCCACAGACAAGCUUCAGGAGUUGAGGUGCCUCAACAUAAAGCCCUCUUUUCCGACAUGGCCAAGUCGGGACUAUCAUUCAGGGAGCUGACCACGCAGAUUGAGCAAAGCUCUCCAUCGCCUGAGCGAUCUGUGGAAGAAAGUGCGCCUAUUGGAGACACUGAAGAACCAACUGCAACAGCUGGCGCAGAUAGAGGGCAGGCUCCUGCUCAAUCGAAGUUUGAUGUGGUGAUUAAAGACAGUGACUCCUUAUUUUGUGAAGGAGCCAACCAAGCGAACACACUGCAAACUGCACAGGACCAACCCAUUGAACUAACUAGUGAUGUUGUGGACUGGGCUGAGGAGUUGCAGCCGGACAGUCAAACCGCUCAAGUAGCUGAGGUGUUCUCCAAAGUGGUGACCGACAUCGACCAGGCAAAGAUCAGGCAGUUGAAAGAGCUGCAGGAGGAGGCAAGUGCUGCAGCCCCAGAGGAACCACCAACCGACUAUGAAGUUGCUGUAGAGCUGCAAGGGCCGGGCAAGUUCCCAUCUGAGGUGGAGAUUAUCGCCCAGGAUACCUUCACUGUUACUGAGGAUGCAGCUGGAUCAGCCCAGCCCCAAACCGCCACUUUUACCGUUGAAUCGAUACUGACAGAAACCGAGCUUAAGGAUCAGGCGCCAGAGUUUCCAGGGGCGGAGCCACACCAGCCCCAGUUCACCUCCCAGGACUUCCUGGUGAAGGAGCGAGAGCAUCAGAGCAGCUCCACCCGCCCUGCAGUGAACCCGGACGAAAUAACCAUCAACGACAAGCCAACGAAACUGGCAGAUCUACCAGCAAUCGCCUCAGAAGCCACGCAGCAACUGAAGCCCAGGCCGGUGGCAAAGGCCCGAACGAAAGGAAGAUUUGCACCUCCGGUGACAAUCGAAGAAAUCGAGGGCCCGCGAAUAAUCACCGAAACUCCUCUGACGCCAGUCUCCGACUCUCCCCUAUCACCGCCCGACUAUGCGGUCGGCUCCUGGAGGCCCGCCUCUACACGUACAGCUGAAAGAGGCCCGGCCACCUUCAGUGAGGUGGACAUCAGAUGGACCCAAGCCCAGACGUUGGAGCGAAUGAGGAACCUGCAAAACGCCCAGAAAACCACGCAUCUGAGCAGCGUGCUUUACCUUGCCACUCUGAACGAGAUCAUUGUGGAUGAGAGCGUCGAACAGCGGAAGAUCAACGUUGAGGAGAACAUCAGCAGCCUGAAGGAGGCUGUGCAAAGAGCCGACGUUAACAUGAUCCAGCAAAGCGUCAUCACCACGGUGGAAACCAUCACCACUUGGCUGGAAACCAUCGAGUACCGCAUCUACUUGAACAGGCUGCAAACGUCCGAAGGACCUUCGAAGGCGCGAGUGGAAGAGUUCGACGAAUUGAAGCAGGAGAUUGUGAACAUCGAGGACAAAGUGGACGAGCUUCAGUACGUGCUUCAGGAAGCUGAUAAGCUGUAUAGUGAGGAGGACCGGAGCAGGAUGCGCAGCUACAUCGACUCCUUGCAGCAGCAAGUGAGGAUCAUUGAAGCUGUGACUGAGGAAAAUGAGCAGUUGGCGUCAGGCGACUUGAAGCGAUGGGAAGAGUUUGUGGCUGACAUUGAAACAGUCACCAGGACAGUUGGAAGACUCAGGCGCCAGCUGAGCGAUCUUAAAGAGUGCGACCACGCCCCUCAAACCAAGCUCAAUGAGCUGGAUGACAUGGAGAAUGAGAACCGCACCAACAUGGUCAAGUCAGUUCACUUAAUCGCCACCGCCAGGUCUUUGCUGCGGGACUUCCCGGGUAGGCAAGUGCCUGCGGAGGUCUACAGCAACCACGACCAAAUCAAGCAGAUGGAGCAGCAGAUUUCCUUCGAAAGGGAAAAAUCCCUGCAGUUCCUUUCGCUGGCCGACGACUACGAGCAGACCCUCAAAGAGUUUGGGCAGAUUAUUGAGAUCGCCGAGGCCCUAGUGGAGAGCCCAGUAUCAGUGAGGAACCUCGAGCAUCUGGAGGACGAGAUGCAAAACCACCGCAAGUUCUUCGUCAAUCUCAGCCACUGCAGAGCCAUCCUGGAGUCCUUGGAGGAGAACCUCGAUUCGGAAACGCGCUCCAGCCACUCGCAGCUCCAUCAAGACCUCUAUGAGCGCGCCCGGGUGAUCCUGGAUAAGUCCACUGGGAGGUUCCAGAUCAUGUCGCUAGCCGCUUCCAGGUGGACGGUUCUGGAGCAGGGCACGCGAGAGGAGAUGCGCUGGCUGCAGGUGGCGCAGCAGCGAAUCCCCGACUUGAACAGCGUCACAUCCUCCGACUACGACCGCUACAUCGACCUGCACCACUCUUUAGCUGCUGACAUCGACCACCAUCAUGCCAAGCUCAUUCACCUCAAUGAAGUGGCUCAGAAGCUGCAAGAGCUGGUGGUUUGCUCCGGCCUGGAGCAGGCCUACACCGAGUCUCUGGAAAUCAUCACCAAACUGCAGGGGGAUGUGCAACGCAACCUCACUCGCUUACUGUCGUUUGGGGAGUCGUGGACCAGCUACAACACCCUCAGCGACAAAGUGGAGGCCUGGCUCAAAGAUGCGCAGGUUCAGCUGAGGAAGAUCGAAAUUCCUUCUGGCCCUAGAGGACACAUCAGACAAUUCUGGGAGCUGAAAGCUAAGCACGAGGUGAACAACACCGCCCGCCAAAACGCCACCAGAUCCCUGGAGAAGUCGUUCCAAAUAGUGCCGAUCUCCGACGAGAUGCUCCAGAGGAAGUUCCACUCGGAACUGCAAAGCCAGUGGGCGAAAGUCACCGACCGAAUCAACGAAAUGCACUGCUCAAUAAUGAGCACUCUAUCCGCUCCGGAUGUGCCAGUGAAUCAGAAGCUGGCGCUUCUGGAGCAGGAGCUGCAAGAGCUGAAGCAGGACAUCGACAGUCUGGGCGGCGUGAUCAAAACCGAAGAAGAGCUCAGUCUCUACAUCGAGCGGCUGCAGAUCAUGUCCGAGAGGCUGGAGACCAUUCAGAACGAGCUGGGCAAGCUGGGACUGCUGUCGGCUACAGAGUCGGACAAAGUGGGCAGUUUGCUUGCGCUGUCCAAACGAUUGGACAACUUGGUGUCCGAAGAACUGGAGGGCGGCAUUUUGGUGAGGGAGCGCCUGCAAGCCAUCCAGACGGGCCUGAGCAGAGUGCGCAGGAAGCACUCAGAGCUGGACAAGACUCUGGAUCAGUGCGAAGGCACGGAAAAGCUCGGCAGCGACUCCAUAGAGAAGGCCAUCAGCGAAUGCUAUGAAGUAGGAGAAGAACUAGUCACUCUGUGGCAGGAUUUGAUGAGUUCCAGACAACUUCUCCACACUCUCCCGAUGCGGUUGCGAGCCACAGUGUCCCCAAUCAAGGUGGAGAAGGAAAUUUCGCAGCUCCAAGACGACCACGCGGCUCUGGAAAAGCGCUGCGGCAAAAUCCUGGCUCUGUUGCGCAGCAGGCUGACUCUAUGGCAGCGGUUCGAGCGGCAGCUGGAAAUGGUGCAGCAGAGUGUGCAGGAAGCUGACUUUAUGAUCGAACUUUUGACCGUUCAAGGAACAGUUGACUAUGAACGACUGCGGAAAGCUACCGAAAGACUAGAGGGCCUAUCGGGCGAUUUAGUGUCGCGCGAAACACUAGUGACCGAGCUGCGCGAAGCCUCAAAACCGCUGGCGCAAAGCUGUGCCCCCGAAGUUUCUGCCCGUGUAGAGGCUGCAGUAGACGAAGCAGUAACAGCCUACAACAGCACGUGCAGCAACCUGAAAGAGCUCUGCAGAUCUGCGAAGAAACGCUGUCGAACCACACCAAACGCUUAGCGGAACUGCAGCAGCUUGUUUCCGGAAUCGCGUCAGCCGUCGGUCUGGACGCCCAACAGCUUUUAGGGGGCGAGGUGGAAGCCCUGGGCAAGCGGCUGGAAGAUGUGCGCAGCAGCCUCACCACCCUUGCAGAUGUGGCCGAAGCCAAGGCGACAGCCAAGCUGGCUUCCCAGCAGGAAAUCAUCGGUACCAAGCAGUACCUCGACACAGUCCAACAGAGCGUCGAUGAGAUCCAAACAGGGAACCUGGACGCUGACGCGGAAGAAAAACUGCAGGACCUUAGGGAGCACUUGAUCGCGCUGGGGAAGGCCGAAGGCCAGAUCCAGAAGAUCAAAGAGCAAACGCUCGAAACGUCGACACUCAGAACGGAGACGUCCGUGAUCGAGAUCCUCGAGCUCUGGCAGCAGGUGUUCAAAGAGACCUUCCAGCAGUACCAUCGCCUGAGCAGCCGACUGGUCAAGAACGAAGACGGUGCUGCAGCGCUGCGCCUUUGGCAGGAGUACCUGCUCAAUGUGCAGCAGUUCCUGCAGGACACCAUUCCGGGCGACUACCAGAGCCUCUCCGAGCACCAGCACUUGUGCCAAGUGCACCACAACCUCCUCACCACUCAGCAGAACGUCUUGCGGCCUCUGGACAGAAAAGACCCGCAACUGGCAGGCGGACUGGUGGAGUCCAGUGUGAUGGAGCAGUUCACCUCAUUGACCAAUCUGCACAACGAGACCUUAGCCCGGAUCAUGGAGAGACACGGCGAGGUGCAGAAGCGGCUGGACGCCUGGGAACAGUACCGAGUGGACCAAACCACGCUGCUCGAUUGGCUCAAGAGCAUUGAAAAGGAGCGCGAGCAAAUGCAGCUGCGGUUCCUGCACGUGCGACGCAUCCCCAAGCUGAUGAGCCGCAUCCAGUUCCUGCUGGACAAGGUCCCCCAUGGGGAGCAGCAGGCGGACAGUCUGCAGGCGCAGCAGAACCUCAUCUUGCAGUUUUGCGACGACGCCCUGGCCACCUCCAUCCGCAUGGAGCACGUGGCCAUUAAGCAGAGACUCUCCAACAUCCACGCCGGCCUGCACACAUGGAAGCAAUUCUUGGAGCGGAUUUCCCACUUGGUGAUCGCUCACGAGGACCGAGUCCAGGCCAUGCAGAAGCUGUUCGACGGCGUGCAGGCCGUCAUCAACGAGUCCCAAGCCCAACUCCCCACCUCCCAUGCCGGCACAGCCAAUCGGCUGGAAACCCUCCAAAGAACCAGGGAACGUCUGGCUGGCGCCGCCAAGGACUUGGACAGUCUGGGGCUCUCGCAGGAGCAGCUCAAGGAAUGCCUCAGUCCAACCGACAUCAAGACAGUCAACCAGAGAAUGUGGCUGCUGUGGCAUCAACACGGCGAUCUGGACCAUCAGCUGGCCACCAUUGGUGCUUCAGAUGACUCAGAAAUAAACACGUCCGUUCUGAGACGCGGUUAUCGGUUCUUGGGUAGAGUGGUGCGAGCAUCAGUGCCAAUCCAAGCGCUGAUGCUUCUGAUGUUGGGCGCAGCCUCGCUAGUGCCUUACUCAGAAGACGACUACGCCUGUUCUCUAGUCAAUUCGAUUGCAAACAGUUUGACGCCGACUUUGAGGUACAAUGAGGGCAAUCCGCCGAUUUAAUCCGGCCCCCGUCGGGUGGCAGGCGGGAAAUUCAUUCCAUUUCUUUGAUACUUUGUUACUGGAUGAGAUUUUCGUUUAGAUUGUUAAUUUUUAUAGACUUUUUGAUAUUUGUUGUUUUGUACCGGUGUUGUAAAUAAGACAGUUGUGUUAUUUGCCAAUAUUGAGUUUCUUGCCUCUGCAGGCGCUACCUACUUAGCAUGUAGUUUUUUAUAUGAAUAAGAGAAUGUAAAUGUCUUUAUUUGUAUAUUGGGAAGUACGCACACGAAUAUAUUACGAACUUAAUAUAUAUUUUAUACUGUUGAUUUAUAUGAUGGUUGUGUAGUAGGAACACGCAGAUGUUGAUUAAGAAUGUACCGCGAUGAAAACGAGCUCUCCACGUUUUUGCGCAGUUUGUUCUCUACCUGAAAGCGAACAACUCUCCAGUUCGCUUCAGGGUUGUAGAGAUGUGAAGCUCAUUUUUGGAAUAUUCUACAGCCAACUCUCCAAAGCUGUAAAAUAGCACGCAUUAAAUGCGAGCGGAUUCUCCCAUUUUCUCGCUGCUGAUGCACCCAAAAGUGAGCUCCACAGAACUCUUAUAUAAUAUUAGCUUAUUUGUUGCUUAAUCCAUUUUAUAUUCCGCUCUUAGAAAGCUUUUCGUUUUUGAGCUAAACUCACCCACGUAUUUUAAAACGCGGAUAAGUACUAACACUCCACUAAGUAUAUUAAGCGCUUUCAACUUGUUAUCUUUAUUUACUUGUAGGUACUUAAAAGCUGGAUUGUUUUCUUAAGAAUUGUACCCGAUUAGUUAUGUAUCUUUAUUUAAAAUAUAUCAUUGAAGAAUU